AUGCCACCAUCGACGACGCGCGUCCUGCUCGCCUCGGUGCUGUGGCGCGUCGUGUGUGUGUGCCUGCUGCUGGUCAGCACGCACGCACAGCCGGCGUUUGACACGUCCGGCGAGCUCGUGCGCUUGACGCUGCGGCCAGGUGCGUGGGAUGCGUACUGGGACGCCUGGGCCGCGCCGUUCGUGCGGUGGGAUACCGUGUACUUUGUCGCGAUGGCCGAGCGUGGCUACGUGUAUGAGCAGAUGCUUGCGUUUCAGCCGGGCAUUGUGCAUGUGCUGCGCGUGAUGGGAUCUGUGCCACGCGUAUGGGGCGCACCAUGGAGUCCGACGUGCGCCGUGCUGGGCGGUGCGAUCGCCGCGAAUCUCGCGUCGAUCCUAGCGCCCGUCCUCCUUUACCGCCUCUUGCGCACGCUGACGCGAUCGGACGCGGUAGCCGAGCGUGCGGCGCUCUUGUCGGUGCUGGCGCCAGCCUCCGGCACGUCGCUGAGUGCCCCGACGCCUGAGCCCUUCUACUCGGUCCUGGCCCUAAGUGGUCUGCUGCUGCUCACGCACACGCACACGGCGUACCAGUGGGGCGCGGCCGUGUGCUUUGCGCUGGCCACCUGGUUUCGCGCGAAUGGCGUGCUGCUCUGCGGAUUUCUCGUGUGGCACGGACUGUACAAGCCGGUGCUGGAGUCGUGGCCGACAAGGCGUACAUCGCACGCGAUCAGUGGCAUUGCGUCAGCGCUGGUGUCUGUGAGUCCGUUUGUCGCGCAGCAGUGGUGGGCGUACACGCGCCUGUGCCCUGGCCGGCCGUGGUGUGACGCUCGUCUGCCCCUGGCUUAUACCUUUGUGCAGCGUGCGUACUGGGACGUGGGCUUUUUGCGGUACUGGACCGUCGCGCAAGUGCCGAACUUUGUGCUGGCGAUGCCCGUGCUGGCCGUCGCGGCAUAUGCGUGCCGCCCGCUUGUGUCGUCGAGCGUGCUCGUGGUGCUGGCGCCGUGGCGGGCCAGGCAGGCGCCGGGAGAUGUGUAUGUGUAUGCCUGCCACACGCUCGUGCUCGUAUGCAUCCUGCUGCUGGCGAGUCACGUCCAGAUUGCGCUCCGGAUGGCGACGCCGGGCGGCAUGCCACUCGUGUGGUGGGCAUGCGCGGCGCUGUAUGAACGGCACCGUGGGGUGCUUGUGUACCUACUAUGCUACAGUACAGCGGCCAUCGUGCUGUAUGCGGGCUUUUACCCACCGGCCUAG